AUGAGUGCAAAUCCCAAUCCAACAGCCGGGCCAAGCUCGGGAACGGUACAGCCAGACCAGCAGAGCGUAGAGGUGAUAAAAGCGCUGGGAAACAUCAUCAAAACACAAACCGGAGAGCCUAUUACAAAUGAAAGGAUAUCGACCCUUCUUCUCCAGAACAUGGCUCAGCUCGUGCAACAGGGCAAGCUGACCCAGCGACAGAUCAUUCAGCUUAAGGAAUUUGCGGAUCAGCACAAAGCACAACCUGCUAAUGCAAAUGCCACCGCGGCCACGCCGACGAGUGCUGCCACGCCUGGAGGACAUGUACCUACCGGUGCUAAUACUGCAACAGAAAAUACAAGCAAACCGGCCACCCCAAUGCCUAUCCAAUCAUCUGGCAUGCAAUCUGCGAUUAAAGCUGGUACAUCGGACAGUCUUCCUAGCCUUGCUGCAUCCCCUGCAGACUUCUAUCCAACAAUAAGCACUACACUGAAUACAACGAAUCCUGGUCCUGUUCCUUGGGCGCAGACGCGACCGACACUCACCGGUGGUAUAGCUGCUGGCCGUAUGUCAGGAACCCCUGCCCAGGUCGCGCGACCUGCAGACGAUCCGUCCAUUCUAACAACAGACGAUAGCCGGACGCGGCGGAAGAGCACCCCAGGAGAUCAGAGUAUGCGAAGAACGAUUCAAGAUCUGGUUUCUAGCGUCGACCCCAACGUGAAGAUUGACCCAGAAGUGGAAGAUCUACUUCUCUCAAUCGCAGACGAGUUCAUCGACUCGGUGACCAACUUUGCAUGUCGACUAGCAAAACAUCGCGGUUCAGAUACACUGGAAGUUCGAGAUUUGCAGCUUCAUCUUGAACGCAACCACAACAUCCGUAUUCCUGGCUUUGACGAGACGCGUAUUUCAUUGGCGCAAUCGUCAGCUGUUCCUUCACUUCCAGCUGCCUCGGGAAAGAAGGGUGCUCAAGGACCCCAUUUGACUUUGCGAAGUCAGCGUCUUGCUCAAGUCCAACAAGCGAAGCGAGAGGCGAAACUGAUGUGA